AUGAUGGCAAAAAAUUCCCUGGAAGGGUCUAAAGAAGACCUGAGCAAAAUUUCGGAAGAGGAGAUGCUGAGGUGGAGCAAGGAGGAGCUGGUGAAAAGACUGAGGAAAGUGGAGAACGAGAAGAUGAACUUAAUGGUGGAACACGGCAACUUGAUGAAGGACGUGAACCGGCGGCUGCAGCUCCACCUGCACGAGAUCCGCGGGCUGAAGGAGGUGAACCAGAAGUUGCAGGACGACAACCAGGAGCUGAGGGAGCUCUGCUGCUUCUUGGACGACGACCGGCAGAAAGGCAAGAAGCUGUCGAGGGAAUGGCAGCGCUUCGGGAGGCACACGGCCAGCGUGAUGUGGAAGGAGGUGGGCAUGUACCAGCAGAAGCUGAAGGACCUGGAGGCGAGGCAGGAGACCCUCCUGCGGGAGAACGUGGAGCUGAAGGAGAUGGUGCUCAUGCUGGACGAGGAGCGGAGCGGGGCCGGCUCACGGAGCUCCAUCGACAGCCAGGCCAGCCUGACCAACCUCAACGGCGGCUCGGCCACCAGGGACGUGGGGGACGGGAGCAGCACCUCCAGCACGGGCAGCGCGGGCAGCCCCGACCACCAUCACCACCACCUCCAUCACCACAAGGCCGGCGACAGCAAGGCCGGGGCCAUGCGGAGGUCCAUGGAUGACCUGUCCGCGCCUCUUCACCACCGGAGCAUCCCCAACGGCCUCAACGAUUCGUCUUCCAACUACAUCAGGCAACUUGAAACAAAAGUGAAACUGCUGGAGGAUGACAACAAGCUUCUUUCCCAGCAGACCAGCAUGGGGGACCUGAGGACUCUGAGGAAAGGGUUGUCCCCGUACCACUCUGAGACACAGCUCUCGUCACUGCCACAGUAUCAAGAUGCCCUGCAAAACGGACCAGCUCGCAUGACAUCUGAUCUUGCAUCUUCUCCUGCAGCAGGAUAUGUCCCUGUUGGUCAGAAACCAGAAGCUGUUGUGCAUGCCAUGAAGGUCCUUGAGGUCCAUGAAAAUUUGGACAGGCAAAUGCAAGACAACUAUGAAGAAGACCUGAGUGAAAAGGAGAAGGCGAUCGUUCGUGAAAUGUGCAAUGUUGUCUGGCGAAAGCUGGGUGAUGCGGCGAGCUCCAAACCCUCCAUCAGGCAACAUCUUUCGGGAAACCAGUUCAAGGGUCCCUUGUAG